AAGCAAGCUAGCAAGCUAGCAGUUUUCCUUAUAAGUUGCUGUUCGCUUUCCAAAACAAAGCUAAUAAUCGCUUCAUAAGCAUGCAGGACUAUUACUAACUAUUCUAAAAUAUGUUUAUAUGACAUUUACUUCAACAAAAAGUACUAUGGCAUUAGCAUUGUUGUUUGGACAUUGAAGCAAGAGCUAAACAUCAUGGCAGAGACCGUCGAUGGCAAGAAGGAUGAGGCAGACUACAAGAGACUACACAGCUUUCCUCUCAUAAGGCACACAGAUAUGUCUGAGGAGAUGCGGGUGGAGGCCAUGGAGCUCUGCGUUACGGCGUGCGAGAAGUUUGUCACUAAUAAUGAGAGUGCCGCCAAAAUGAUAAAGGAGUCUAUGGAUAAGAAGUUUGGGAGCUCUUGGCAUGUGGUGAUUGGUGAGGGCUUCGGUUUUGAAAUUACACACGAAGUGAAGAACCUGCUUUACAUGUUCUUCGGUGGAGGUUUGGCGGUGUGCGUAUGGAAGUGUUCCUAACACUAAAUGACUGUCUGACAAACACUUUUUCAUGUGCUUUCUGACUUUAUAUUCAGGGUGCAUCAUUUCUUACGGUUUAUUUUGAAUGAAGCGUUUUAUGUUUUCUUCUCUGUUUUAACUGUUCUCUCAAAGCUGACAGGCCAUCUGUUGGUUUUAUUGUCCAUCUCUGUCACUCUUUCUCCAUCUGUGUUCUAUCUGUACAUCCUCAGUUGCUUAUGAUAAUUUCCAUUCCUUUCAUUUUUUCUGAAGGACAAAGUAUUUUUAUAAGACAAAUCCUAUUUUUUAAUUAAUAUGUGAAUACAUAUGAUCUGUUUUUAAAACUUUAGAUAUUUUAUAGGAGUUGUACAUUUUGCACAG